UGCAACGCUGUUUUCCCUCACAAGAGAGAGUACCUGGGAUCCCGGAGGGUUAGUCCGCUAUAUCACAAAACCGAGCAUCCUUUUCUUGGAUUAACACCAUGGCUGACAGCUGAACCCGGCUAACUCACAGUGCUGCGUGUACAGGUAUCAUGAUGGAGGUAGCCGGUCCCUGGACUGAAGUAUUUGAGGCCUCAGAGCGGACAGAGAAGCCUGGACGAUCGGACACAUUGUUGGGGAGCUCCACUCUGACUCUGGCUCCGCUGGUCACCGAGUCUCCGUCCGUCCGCCGCUCCCAGCCCAUCCUCAUCACCCCAAACAGGGCAAAAGAUGUGGAGUUGUUCUCUUCCUCUGUCCCCUCCUCCAUACCAAACCCAUUCCCUGAGCUGUGCAGCCCGUCAAAGUCUCCGGUUCUCAUCAGUUCCCUUCCUCCUCCUGCAAGUGACAAACACUUGAUAAAAGUGUACGGAGAGGACAGCCACAGCAGGUCGGUGUGGGUUUCUCCUGGAGCGACGGCCAGAGAAGUGUGCCACCAGCUGGUGCAGACGGCCCACUGCAGCGAUCAGGAGAACUGGGCUCUGCUCGAGCUGUACCCCACCCUCGGCCUGGAGCGAUGUCUGGAGGACCACGAGGUCGUCCUGGAGGUUCAGGCCACCUGGUCUUUGAAAGGCGACACGAGAUUCGUUUUCUGCAAAAACUACGCAAAGUACGAGUUCUUCAGGAAACCGAUGCUCUUUUUCCCCGAGUCCAUGAUCUCCGACAGUGCUGACGUCAGUAAGGGGAUGACGUCUUCACAGCUCAUUCAGAACCUGCUGAAGUCAGGAACGUGUCCAGAAAUUCAGGGUUUCCUUCACGUUAAAGAACCGAGUCGUAAAGCCUGGAAGAAGGUCUACUUCUUCCUCCGACGCUCCGGGCUCUACUGCUCAACCAAAGGUUCCUCCAAGGAGCCUCGUCACCUGCAGUACGUGGCUGAUCUGGACGAGCUGAAUGUUUACACAGUGGUGAACAGCCGUAAACUGUACGGAGCGCCUGCAGACUUCACCUUCUGUAUAAAGCCAUCCAGAAAUCCUGUCCGUGCUCAGGACCUGAAGAUCUUGUGUGCUGAGAAUGAACAGACUCGGACAUGUUGGACAUCCGCUUUCAGACUUUUCAAGUACGGGAAGCAGCUCCAGUGUAACUACCAGCUGUCAAAGUCGGCGCCUCGAAGCCUCGAAAGAACCAAACUCACAGAUGGAAAAUCAAAGUCGGAGGCGAGCCUGGUGGCCAUGGACUUCUCAGGUAAAGCUGGUGGACGUGUCAUCCAGAACCCAGUGGAGGCCCAGAGCGCAGAGAGGGAGGAGGGACAAGCCUGGAGGAGGAGAGAAGCCCUCAGGUGCAGUCUGCCCAACCUGAGCUCUGCUGCCAGACCUUCAUCCAUCCACAAGUCCCAGCCGUGGUUUCAUGGUGGUGUGUCCAGAAAAGAAGCUCAGAGGCUGAUAGAGAAGCAGGGACUAGUGGACGGGAUGUUCCUGAUCCGUGAGAGCCAGCAGCAUGCUCAGUGCUUCGUCCUCUCUCUGUGUUAUAAGCUACAGACCAAACAUUACCUGGUUAUCCCCUGUGAAGAUGGAGGCAGGAAGUACUUCACCAUGGACGACGGCCUGACGCUCUUCAUUGACCUCCUCCAGCUGGUGGAGUUUCACCAAAUCAACAAAGGGAUCCUCCCCGUCUGCCUCAAACACCCCUGCGUCUGUGUAGCACUUUAAAUCAGUCUGUAUGAGACCUCUGCCCUGCUGGUCCAGGAUCAGACACACCAACCUUUAAUUCUACUUCUUGGAUUGUAUUGAUAUCUAUUAAGCUCAGCUGAUAAGGAGCAAAUUACUCGCCUCUGUGCCGGAGCAGUUCAAAGGUGUGUGAUAGCGUUAUCAGCACCGGAAGACGUGCACCCUCGGGAAGAGCGAGUCAGAUAUGAAGCAUAUUGUCCGCCUCUUGUCUCUUUAGCAGUUUUAAUUAUUCCGACUACAUGUGCAGCUCCAGACAGAGGUUUGGUUUUUAUUUUUAAUUAAUGAGCCAGCAUCCCCGUGGAGAGGACUUAAUUAGCCAUGCUGGACGGACUUUUUAGUGCUUUGGAGAGCUGUUAAAGUGCACUUUGAUUCAGAUUCACACGGCUGUGAUGAGGGGCAGCGAGAGGAAAUGUUUGAUUGUGGCUUCACCAGAUUUCACUGAAGAAGUGAUCAACUGUGACCACCAGAGGGCGCCCUGAGUCAAAGUUCAGACAGCAGGGCUUAAGGGUUAUUCAGCUGUUUUUUGAUACCAAUAAUGAAGAGAAAAAUGAUGAAAAAUACCCCAGGUUGCAAUCAUGUAGCAUGUAAAUUCCCAGUCAUGACUGUUUGAUGUUAAAGUGCCUCAAAACAAUCUUCUUUGUUAAAUAGAGCUCUAAUUCCUGGAACUGUAGGAACUCUUUCAUUGCUUUUUUUGCACUAUGAUGGUGAGGGGGAACUGUAUUAUCCUGUCAUGUUAAACAACCAAAUAUCAAACAGACACUUUUCUCUGGGUGUUUGAAAACUUGUUGCAGUUGUUAAGAAAGAGAAGACAUUUUUUGUUGCUAAUACCAAGCAGGAUGGUUGAAACUCAAUGAAAAGGUGCAAGGACUCAGUAAAGUUAUAUAUCGUUGUCUUGAAAUGCUUUAGUUUACAGAGCUCUCACCCUAGCUCCUCUUUGUUGUUUUAAUCUCUACAAUCAAACAUGAUGAUUAAGUUCUCAAAUAAAAAAUCCUUUAGGUUACAUAAUGCAAUUUCCCAUAAAUAACACUAAAUCACAUUGAUAUUUUUGCAAAUUCUUAGUUCGCUACCUGUAAAAUGAAGCAUUUCUGACUUUUUUGUUAAAGUUGGUUGUUUAAACAUGUUUAGCUUUUCAUUUUGGAUGUUUGCAAUUAAUCUUUUUGAAUUUAUAUCAGAUAUUCUGCAUGAUGAUGAUGAUGCCAUCAUAAGACACCAAACAACAUGACUUUUCAUCAGUCCAACGUUUACUCUCUUCCACAUCUCUUUUAAGUCAGACAGGUUUUGUUACUUUUAUACACUUUGUUCUUUACCUUUUUCAGAUUGUUUUAUAUGUUGAAUAAAUAAUUGUCAUUAUUGA